CAAAGUUUUGCCAGAGGAGUAGUGUAUAUGUAGGCGGGACAGAUGGCACGCAGUUUCGGACACAUUUCACAGUUUGAGAGAAAGCCUCCUUCAUAUAUAAAGCAGAGAUUUCGUCAACUCUCUCUCUCUCUCUCACACACACACACAUCUUCGUCACUCCCGAUCUGGGAUGCUGAGAACGAUGAGCAUGAACAGGAGGCCCGCCUCCAACAAUGUUGUCGCGACCGCCAUCGUCGCAGCCCUCGUCCUCGUCGCCCAUGUUGUGGGCUUGUCGGAAUCGGAAGGACGACAGCCGCAAAACCUUCGAGUCGGGUUUUACUCCAAUAGCUGUCCGCUGGCCGAGUCGAUAGUCCGCGCAGUCGUGAAAGAGGCGGUCUUCUCGGUCCCUCAGAACGCCGCAGUCUUACUCCGGGUUCAUUUCCACGACUGCUUCGUUGAGGGAUGCGACGGGUCGAUCCUGAUCGACAACGGGGAUAGCAGCGAGCGGCACGCGGGGGCACACGCCGGCGUGGGAGGCUUUGAGAUAAUUGAAGCGGCCAAAGCUCGCUUGGAAACCACUUGUCCCGGGGUCGUCUCUUGUGCCGAUAUCGUGGCUAUGGCUGCUAGAGAUGCUGUUUUCUUGAGCGAUGGCCCGUUCUAUGAGGUUGAGACAGGGAGAAGAGAUGGCCGCGUCUCGAACUGGACGCUCGCGGCGGAUAUGCCGGACGUGAACGACUCCAUUCGCACGCUCAAGUCCAAGUUUAUACAGAAGGGGCUUAAAGAUAAAGACCUUGUUCUUCUCUCCGCCGCGCACACCAUCGGAACGACCGCAUGCUUCUUCAUGGGCACGCGACUCUACCAUUUCAACUCCACGAGCGGGUCGGACCCCGCAAUCGACCCUCGCUUCCUUCCAGUCCUCAAGUCCAUAUGCCCCCCUGGCGUGGACGUCAACGUGAGGUUGGCUCUGGAUGCCGUGACCGAGUUCGUGUUCGACGACCAGAUACUUCGCAACAUCAAGCGCGGGUUCGCCGUGAUAUCUUCGGAUGCGAGGCUCUACGACAACGGGCACACCAGGCAGAUAGUCGAUCUGUACACUCAGAACGGGACUUCUAGUAAGCACGGAAAGCCGCUGUCCUUUAAGGCGGAUUUCGCGGCUUCGAUGGUGAAGAUGGGUCGGAUCGGCGUGAAGACAGGGUCGGAAGGAGAGAUUAGGAGGGUUUGCAGCUCUUUCAACUAAUUGGUUGUGCUAAGUAGCGUUAUUAAAACAGUGUUAAUAAAAGUCGCAAGUACUUGUACAUAUAGAGCAGACAAGCAAUAUAUAGAAAAUGAGGUAAUGCGCAAACGUUAAUAUUAUAAGCGGCCUAUCAAUAGCGUAUUAAUGGACGAUAUGCAACGAUGAAUUUCGCCGAACGCUAAUGAGUUAUGAUACGCAAUA